AUGCCACCGUCAGCCACCGGCAUAACCGCCACCGCCAUCUUCCUCCUCCUAACUUUUUCUUCCGCCACUCCGAUCUCACGGCCUUUCAAGAAGAUCUACGCCUUCGGAGACUCUUACACAGACACCGGAAACACCGGAAGUACCGGCGCCAUCACCGGUCCCUCCGCCUUCAGUUACGUCUCCAACCUCCCUUACGGCCGGACAUUCUUCCACCACCCAACCAACCGCUACUCCGACGGCCGUCUGGUCAUCGACUUCGUGGCGGAAUCACUCUCAUUACCCUACCUACCACCCUAUCUCAACCGUAAGGCCGACACCUCCUCCGGCAUCAAUUACGCCGUCGCCGGAUCCACCGCCAUCCGCCAUGGAUUUUUUGUCAAAAAUAACCUUACAUUUAAUAUAACACCUCAAUCUCUCAAAACUCAGCUUGGUUGGUUCAACAAGACAAUGGAGGGGCAAAAAUGUAAAACUGCUAAGUCGACGCCGGAAGAGUGUACGGCGGUAUUCCGAGAUGCGUUAGUGUGGGUGGGUGAGAUCGGAGCUAAUGAUUAUGCUUACUCCAUUGGCUCGACGGUGGCCGGAAAAACCAUUCAACUGCAUGCUAUUCGCAGUGUAACAGGGUUUCUGGAGGCAGUGCUCGACAAGGGUGCAAAAUAUAUUGUAGUCCAAGGCCUCCCGACCACUGGUUGCCUAACCCUCGCCCUAUACCUUGCACCCGAGUCCGACCGUGAUGACAUUGGUUGCGUCGCAAGUGCCAACAACCAAAGCUACACGCAUAACGCCAUCCUCCAAACCAAGAUCCAAACCCUUCGUAAAAAAUACCCGGAAGCAGUUAUUGUCUAUCUUGAUUACUGGAAUGCUUAUCGUUCCAUCAUCAAGAACGCACCCAAGCUUGGGUUCCGCGAACUUUACAAAACCUGUUGUGGGUCCGGUGGUGGACCCUACAACUUCGACUUGGGCGGCACUUGUGGGUCCAAGUCUGCAAGCUCCUCGUGUCAAGACCCCUCCCAAUACAUCAACUGGGACGGGGUCCACCUUACUGAGGCUAUGUAUAGAGUAGUUUUCGAGAUGUUUCUCAAGGGUGCUUUCGCUCAUCCGUCACUCGAGUGCCUCUUGAGAAGCAAACAAAACUGCGGAUAGAUCGACGAUAACGACCCUCGGUUUCUU